CUCUAUAUGAAUCGCUCCUCUUCCCACUCGUAAAUAUGAACCAACACAUCCUCUUCUGGAGCUCCAAGCCGUACGUGCGCUCUUAUUUCUAUUGCUUAGUCCAUCUAAAUCCACUCUCUCUUUCUAUCUACAGAUACAAAUCCAAUGCGCUCUCUCUCUUCUUCUUUCACUCCUCUCAGGGAGCCCCCAUUUACUUCUUUAUGUCCUCUAUUCAAACCUUCUUUGUUCUCUACUUAUCGAAGGACUCCUCUGAGGGUCUCGGCGGUGUCGACGGUGGCGCGGCCGCAGUCUCCACAGGCGGCGACGAUGUACGAGCUGCUGGCGGUGGCGGAGACGGCCGGACCGGCGGAGAUAAAGAAGGCGUACCGGCGGCAGGCGCAGCGGUGGCACCCGGACGCCUGCCGCUCUACCAGCGAGAAGCCCUUCUUCGCUCAGCAGUUCAUGCGGGCGCGCGAAGCCUACGAGGUCCUCUCCGACCAAGCCCUCCGCCGCGACUACGACCUCUCCCUCCGGGCCGGCGGCGCCUCCGUCUCCGGUGGCGCAACGUUGAGGGCGGGGGGCCGAGAAGGGUUCGGGGACUGGGAGGCUCAACUGGAGGGGCUGUGGAGGAGGGCGGCACGGCCUAGGCGGGAGCCGACUUGGGGAAGUAGGAUGAGGAACAGCGCCGCCCAUCGUACUAACUGAUGGAUGGAUCGAUCGACCUCGGGUGUUUGACAGGAUCCUGAUGUAUAGAAACAAUAUAGCAGCAGCAGGCGGCUGCCCUACUUGUUCUCAAGUAUAGAUAUGAUAGAGAAUAAAUUGGUUUCAGGCAAAGUAUCUGAGUAAAUAUAUUUGAGAUGUAGUUGUUUGAAGCUUAAGUGAGUAGGCGCAAUAAAAGUAUCCAGUAGCUACCAUCAGUUUUCUUCUUCUUCUUCUUUUUUUUAUUCCUUUUUCUUCUUUUCUUCUUCUUUUUUUGAAACAGAAAAUCUUUGGGCAGCGCUUGUUAAAGCCUCUGUAAUUUCUUAAAAUAUUCAAAUUAAUUUAUGACAAUUCAUAAUUAUGGUUAA